AUGGUCCAAAGAAUUGACAUUGACCAGGGCUGGGAGUUCAAGCAGUCCAGCGACUUGAACGAUGGCACCGCCUCAUCCUACCUCCCCGUCGCACAAUUCCCUACGGUCGCGCAUAUUGACUUGCUACAUCACAAGCUCAUUCCUGAUCCAUACAUUGAUAUCAACGAGUUGGAAUGUCUUUGGGUCAACGACGCAGACUGGACCUACCACACCGAGAAAAUCUCUCCAGUUGCCCUCAAAGAUUCUGAGCGAGCAGCCCUCGUUUUUGAGGGUCUAGACACUGUUGUUGAUGUCUAUCUUAACGACAAACAUAUUCUAUCCGGCAACAAUAUGCACAUCACUCAGCGAGUGGACGUCACCGACCUUCUGCGUGGCAGAGAAGAGGCUUCUGUUCUUGAGUUGAGAUUCAGAGCUGCCCCAGCAUACGCGCGCUCUGAGAUGGAUAGAAUUGGAUACAAGAGACUGCCAACUGGUCGUGCUGUCAACUUUGGAGGACCAGAAAGGCUGUUUGUUCGAAAGGCUCAGUAUCACUGGGGUUGGGACUGGGGUCCGGCAAUCAACACGUCUGGACCGUGGAAACCGAUUUAUCUUGAGGUGUAUGAGUCGCGUAUUUCCCAGUUCUUGGUGAGCCAGAAUGUCGCAGAGGAUCUGUCUUCGGUGGAGGUGACUGUAAAGGGCAUGGUUGAGAACCCGAAUGGCGUUGGCCAGGUUUCUGUUCAACUUAGAGAUCCCUCAACGAACGAUGAACCCGUGGAAACCGACGUAAGGGUAUCGUCUGACGGGUCCUUCGAGUGCCAGGUCAAGGUGGACAACCCGAAGCUGUGGUAUCCGUUCAUGUACGGAGAGCAACAUCUGUACACCAUCAAGGCGACUAUCCCAGGACAUGACGUUAGCAAAAGAAUCGGAAUACGACGUCUUCGCCUUUUACAAGAGCCUUUCAAAGACCAACCAGGGACCUCGUUUAUCUUCGAAGUCAACAACAUUCGGCUUUUCUGCGGAGGGUCGUGCUGGAUCCCCGCUGACUUUAUGCUCCCGAGAGUUGGUCAAUGGACACGCAAAAAUUGGUUCCGUCUUAUGAAAGAAGGCAACCAAACCAUGGUUCGCGUCUGGGGCGGUGGGAUUGUCGAAGACGACAUGUUUUACGACAUCGCCGACCAAGAAGGGAUCUUGGUAUGGCAGGACUUCUUGUUUGCUUGUGGCAAUUAUCCUGCUUCACCAGACUUUGUCGCGAAUGUUAAGAAUGAAGUCGAACAGCAAGUUGAGCGCGUGGGGCAUCAUGCUUCGCUGGUACUUUGGUGUGGAAAUAACGAGGAUUAUAUGUGUGCUGAUCAGGACCGCUGUUGGGAUGUUGAUUACAGUAAUACGACUGGUCCGUGGGAUAAGACCACGUUCCCUGCUCGCGAGAUUUAUGAGAGGACUCUACCUGGUGUCAUUGCUGCUUCUGGGACGGAUGUUCCAUAUUGGAUCAGCUCACCGUACGGCGGUAAAGAGUCUAACGAUCCUACCGUGGGUGACACCCAUUGCUGGGAUGUCUGGCACGGAAAGCUAUCACCAUACCAGGAUUACAAGACAUACAAAUCGCGCUUCAUUUCCGAAUUCGGCUUUGAGUCAGCACCUAGUCUAAACACUCUUGAACGCACAAUUACCGAUCCGAAAGAACGACACUCCCAAUCCCGAACCUUCGACGCUCAUGACAAAGGUCCAGGUCAUGCAAGACGGUACCCCAUGUACAUGGGGGAGAACUAUCGUUUCAGGAUGAACCCUCUGAAGGACUUCGUCUAUUGUUCACAGUUCCUUCAAGCAGAAGCAUUGGCAUACGCUUAUAACCUCUGGCGAAGAGAGUUUCGAGGACCUGGGCAGGAGUAUUGUGCUGGUGCGUUAGUUUGGCAAAUGAAUGACAUCUGGCCGGGAAGUAGUUGGGCUCUUGUUGAUGUCUAUCAGAGGCCGAAACCUGCUUAUUACGUGACGAGGAGAGCUCUAGCAAAGACUGUUCUUGGAAUGGAGCGCGUUGUCACUGAGAAACCGCCGUAUAUCACGACAGGGUAUCUUGACGAGAAGAGCAAGUUGGAUGUGUGGGCUGUCAAUGGGGAGCUUGAGGAUCGCAAGGUGAUCUUGGAAUUGAAGGCUUUCGAUAUUGAGAGCGGGAAGCAGAUCGAGCUGGCGAACGAUUACCAGAAGGAUUGGGUGCUCAAAGCCAACCAGACGACAGAGCUUCUCGCAAACAUCGACAUCCCAAACCACAGAGAAACCGUCAUCGCAGGUUAUCUAACCGACCCAACUGGCAAAGACUUCCUCGAGGAACGACUGGCAAGAUGGAUAAGCUGGCCUGAACCACUAAAAUACAUGCGCCCAUGUCCCAACCUCAAAAUCACGACCAGGUCGUGGGGUCACGGCUCCAGAGUCAUCCUCAAUACAAAUGCACCAGUCAAAGGCGUUAUAGUCAGCGGCAAAUACGGGGGUGCUGGAGCGAAAACCUCGUCACGCCCUCCCUGGGACGUUACAUUUUAUGAUAACUUUAUCGACCUGGUACCUGGAGAAGAGGUUUACGUUAAAGUGAGGGGUGUGAUAUGGAAGGAGAAACCUAUCACUGUUAGGUUUCUGUAUGAUUGGGAGCUAGAACCUGGGUUUGAGUUGUAG